AAAAGGCAACGUUUUUUCUGAUCUGACAAACGACGAAAUUAAUUUCGUCUGUCAGUUGUCAAAAGUUCAGUGAUUUCUCAGGAAAGGCUAGCAGUUGUGGGCUUGUGCACUGGCUGCAAAAACAACCUUACCCCUGCAGCACCAGGAAGGCCAAAUCUGAAAAGAAAUCUCUGGCCAUAGGAAUAACACUUAGUCAUAUAUAACCUUGGGACCCACAACCUCUCCUCUUCAUUUUGCUGACAAACUCUGAAGCUGUUGAAGCUUGCAACUUCAAACUGCUACUCACUCCUUGUUCAAAGUUCAAACUCUGAGGUAAGAUGGUUUUCCUAUACAUUCUGUGUUUGCCCGAUUUUCGUUAUUUAAAUCAUUGAGCGAUGUGUCAGUCUUGGUCAACUUUAACUGUAAGAAAUUAACUUUUUUAGAUAACACGUCAGCUGUGUCAGUAUUAGUUUUUCACUCUGUGAAAUUGGAACUAGAGGCGACUGUAUUUCACAGGUUUCUUGAUCGAUCCUGAACCGUCUAGUAUCUGACGUCACGUUUCGUUUGACGCAAUUUCCGUUUCGUUUUUUUUUAUCAUAACCUCUUAAUAACCCCAGCCAUAUGGUCAGAGAUAGUAACCAACCAACAAGUAAUAAAGUGCUGUUUAUCGUUUCCUAAUUUCCGGGUUUGUUAUAAUACCGGCUACAGUACAAAAAAUGGUCUCCUUACCAACCGGGAAUCGCCAGUAAUAUUUGUGGCAACGUUGAAAAAAGAUAUUUUUUAGUUUGUAAUUCAAAAUUAUAAUUAAUGAUUCACAAUUGAUUUUUCAAGUUUGGACCUAUAGUUUAGUAAACAUAUUCUAUUUAUAUUAAUAAAACAAGAAAGGACAAUGAAAAUUUGAUGUUUCUGAACGCAAUCCAGCGCAUGCGCGGGAUAUUUAUAUGGGGGCUGAGAAAGAUACACGUCGUUUCGUCGUCUGCCAAAAGCAUUUCACUUAAUAAGCAGUGAGCUUGGGUGUUUGACAUGGUUGCAUGAUUCUUGUGAAUAAGUGAAUUUUGUUCUGUCAUCCUUGGCCUCUCGAUCCAGCCCAGCAUCAUCACAGACUACGGAAUCACGUUUGCUUCUGGCUGCUCAAUUUUAACAUUGCAGAGCGCGUUGAACUCGGUAUGGGUGAGCAGCAAAUAUGGUAGCCAGGAAAAAAUUAUCUUGCAUGUCACGUGGGGGUGGCGCGAUUCUCCCGAGUUCAUGCAAUGGUCGGUGAACGCCAGGGGCAGUCUUGGUCUUGGCCUUGAUUUUCACGCGCAGAAUCCAGUAGAUCGUUCGAUUCUCGUCUUCCUGCCAGUCGUCUUAUUUUAGUCGACUGCUUCGCUUUCCUAAAUCAUCUCAUGCCCCUUUCUCUCCCCUUCGUGUACAUUACAGGUUAAAUUAUUAUAAAAAUAACAACGACAAAAAGAGAAAUGGCCAAAUUCCAAGUUGACAGCCCAAACGUAACGUACGGCGAUCGUUACAUUGAAGCGGAUUAUGAUUACUGUACAUCCCGCGUGGAGCCGGCGUCCGACGGAAGGUACAAGGUUACUCCAAAUACCUCCCGUCUACGAAUCCGGACGGAACGUCAAGUCCCGAAACUUGGCGUUAUGUUGGUUGGCUGGGGCGGGAAUAAUGGAACGACUGUGACAGCCGCCGUUCUUGCCAACAAGCUAGCCUUGUCGUGGCCAACGCGCAACGGACACCAGGAGGCCAACUACUACGGCUCCUUGAUGAUGUCAUCGACUGUCUCAUUGGGCAUGGGGUCUGAUGGCCGGGACGUUUAUAUCCCUUUCCAUGACCUGUUGCCCAUGGUCCAUCCAGACGAUAUUGUUCUCGAUGGAUGGGACAUUUCAUCGCUGGAUUUAGCUUCCGCCAUGGAUAGAGCUCGGGUUCUUGAACCUUCGCUGCAGGAACAAUUGCGUCCCUAUAUGCAAAAGAUGAAACCCAGGCCGUCAAUCUACUCGCCAGACUUUAUUGCAGCUAAUCAAUCAGAGAGGGCCGAUAAUGUGAUGGGUGGCACGAAGCGAGAGCAAAUUGAACAGAUCCGCAAGGACAUUCGUGAAUUCAGGGCUGAGCAUGCUUUAGACAAAGUUAUACUGCUCUGGACUGCCAAUACCGAGCGUUUUGCUGAUAUUGUUCCAGGACUGAACGACACAGCCGAGCAUUUAAUGCGUUCCAUCAAGGAGGAUGCCAGCGAAAUCGCACCAUCAACAUUAUUUGCUGUAGCAAGCAUCCUGGAAGGGUGUGCAUUUAUCAAUGGAUCGCCUCAAAACACUUUUGUCCCCGGUUGUAUUGAAAUGGCCGAAAAGGCCAAUGUAUUUAUUGGUGGUGACGAUUUCAAGUCGGGUCAAACUAAACUCAAGUCUGUGCUGGUCGACUUCCUGGUCAGUGCCGGUCUUAAACCUGUUUCAAUUGUCAGUUACAAUCAUUUGGGAAACAAUGAUGGCAAGAAUCUUUCUGCCCCACAACAAUUCCGCUCCAAAGAGAUUUCUAAAAGUAACGUUGUCGACGACAUGGUGGAAUCUAAUCCAGUCCUUUACAAGCCAGGAGAAAAACCCGAUCACACUGUUGUGAUCAAAUACGUUCCUUAUGUUGGUGACAGCAAAAGAGCAAUGGAUGAAUAUACCUCUGAAAUAAUGAUGGGCGGUCACAACACAUUGGUUAUCCACAACACCUGUGAAGAUUCUUUGUUGGCCAGCCCCAUUAUUCUUGAUCUGGUCAUCUUAACUGAAAUCUGCCAACGGAUUACAUUCCGCGGACCCAACCAAACGACUUACCAGCCUUUCCAUUCAGUUCUCUCAAUUCUCAGUUAUCUGUGCAAGGCGCCUCUCGUUCCAGAAGGAGCACCCGUUAUCAACUCACUCAACCGCCAGCGAUCUAGCAUCGAAAAUAUUUUCCGUGCUUGCCUUGCUUUACCUCCGGUCAACCACAUGAUGCUCGAACAUCGUUUCGCAAAGCCCCUUCACGUUGCAAGCCCGACGGGAGGUGCCAAAGGGGAAAUGAAGCUCGACAGCCCAACCAAAACCAAGCCUUAUGUCAAUGGCAUUUCUCAAAUCACCGAAGGAGUUAACGGUCUCUAAAUUUCAACAGAGCAGUUGACUUGACUGUUUAUGGACCACCACUCACAUCACACAGCGCGGCUGUUCGCGUUAUGCCCGUCUCAAAUCGAGUCUUGAUCACUUUAGCGAAUUAACUACCCAUUAUUUGCCAAUUAUUCAUUUGCCAACAACCAUAACAAAAAGACUAGAGUAUCCAAAUUGAAGAGUACCAUUUUUCACUAAAUUACACCCCUCGACCAGUUGUCUCGCGUACAAUCAAAUACAGAGUUAACUGAAAAA